CAGAUGCCCUCUCGCUGCAGGAAUGCGCUGAACAUCGUGGUCACCACCCUGUUUGCUGCGGUGGUUCUGUUCACCAUCCUACUGGCCUACGUCACAGGUUACCAGUUCAUCCACACCGAGCAGCACCACCUCUCCUUCGGCCUCUACGGCGCCUUCCUCUCCCUCCACCUCUUCCUCCAGAGCCUCUUCGCCUUCCUGGAGCACCGGCGGAUGCGGACCCCGUCCCGGCCUCGGCACCUGCGCCGCUCCGUCGCCCUCUGCAUCGCGGCCUAUCAGGAAGACCCGGACUACCUGAGGAAAUGCCUGCGCAGCGUCCGGCGGAUCUCCUUCCCGGGCCUGAAGGUGGUGCUGGUGGUGGACGGGAAUCGGCCCGAGGACCGAUACAUGAUGGACAUUUUCCAGGAGGUGAUGGGCGGAGCGGAGCAGGCCGGCAGCAUGGUGUGGAAGGGGAACUUUCACAGCGACGGCGGGGAAGGAGGAGGCGUUGCAGCAGGGAGGAGGAGCGCGGUGCACAUGGAGGAAGCGAACCGGGUGGCCCGGCUGGUUAAAGGCCGCCGGUACUCCUGCGUCAUGCAGGAGUGGGGCGGGAAACGGGAGGUGAUGUACACCGCCUUCAAAGCUCUGGGCGACAGCGUGGAUUAUGUUCAGGUGUGCGACUCGGACACUGUUCUGGACCCGGCUUGUACUAUAGAGAUGCUGAAGGUUCUUGAGGAAGACCCGAUGGUGGGGGGAGUCGGCGGGGACGUGCAGAUCCUCAACAAGUACGACUCGUGGAUCUCGUUCCUGAGCAGCGUGCGCUACUGGAUGGCCUUUAACAUCGAGCGAGCCUGCCAGUCCUACUUCGGCUGCGUCCAGUGCAUCAGCGGCCCGUUGGGGAUGUACAGGAACUCCUUGCUGCAGCGCUUCCUGGAGCCCUGGUACCACCAAACCUUCCUGGGCUCCAAGUGCAGCUUUGGCGACGACCGCCACCUCACCAACCGGGUGCUCAGCUUCGGCUACAAGACUAAAUACACGGCGCGGUCGAAGUGCCAGACGGAGACACCCACGCAGUAUCUGCGUUGGCUCAACCAACAAACACGAUGGAGCAAGUCUUACUUCCGUGAAUGGCUCUACAACGCCCUCUGGUUCCACAAGCACAGUCUGUGGAUGACCUACGAGUCGGUGGUCACAGGUUUCUUCCCCUUCUUCCUGGUGGCAACAGUGAUCCACCUGUUCUACCGCGGCCGGCUCUGGAACAUCCUGCUCUUCUUGCUGACGGUGCAGCUGGUCGGGAUGGUCAAGGCCACCUACGCCUGCUUCCUGCGAGGAAGUCUGGUCAUGAUCUUCAUGUCGCUCUACUCUCUGCUCUACAUGUCCAGCUUGCUUCCUGCCAAAAUGUUUGCCCUGCUCACCAUCAACAAGGCGGGAUGGGGAACGUCUGGCCGCAGGAAGAUAGUGGUCAACCUCAUUGGCGCUGUGCCGGUCACAGUUUGGGCGCUGGUGCUACUGGGAGGCGUGGCGUAUACCGUCUACUGUGAAACCCAGGAGCCAUUCAGCGAAAUGGAGAAGGCCUUGUUGAUAGCGGGGACGGUGCUGUACGCCUGCUACUGGCUCAUCCUGCUGGUGCUGUACUUAGCCAUUGUAGCUAAACGAUGCAACAAGAGGGAAGAGCAGUAUCACCUGCCGUACGCGGAGUCCUGAACCGCGGCGGCCGGAUGGCUUCCAGGUUUCUCUGCAGUUGGACUCAACCAGGUGGAGCAAAGACCUGGGAUCUUCAACACUGGUGCUACAAAGUCGAGAAUCUGCAAUCUGAGAGAUGGAUGGUGCUUUCCACUGUUCAGGUCUUAAAGCUGCAUUGUGUGGCUUUUAUUAAAAAAAAAUGGAUUAAAACUGUCAUGAGACAAAAAAUCUGUGAAAAGAUAGAUAUGAUGAACCAAUCAGAGCCAGGAGGCGGGUCUUAGCGCUGUCAAUCAUCCUCAUAUACUGGCUGCUAAAAGGACUAAAGGCAGAAACAACUCAGAUGACAGAAAAACCUUUUAUCCACUGUUAUCAAUGGCUAUGCUAACUAGCUUUAGCAUUCACAACAAGAUCUGCUGAUGGGGAAAAACUGCAGUAGGGUUCAAGCAGG